AUGUCAGUAUCUCGUUAUCCAGCUGAGGAAUCCAGCUCAAUGCCUAAGAGAGUCAAGAUGGGCAUCCCACUGGUGUUAGGUUUUUCAGAUGAGGACAAAAUUGGAACCAUACAGCCCCAUGAUGAUGCUUUAGUGGUUACGCUUAGAAUUGGUGGAUACGAUGUGAAAAUGGUGAUGAUUGACCAAGGCAGCGGAGCUGAGAUAAUGUACCCUGACUUAUAUAAGGGGCUAAAUUUGAAACCUGAAAACUUGACAGCCUACAGUUCUCCUUUGGUGAGUUUUGGGGGUAAGAUGGUCGUUCUGAAAGGUCAGAUCAGAUUACCUGUACAGACUGGCACGGAUGUGGUGGAAGUGGACUUCAUUGUUGUGGAUGCUUUCUCUCCCUACACAACCAUUAUGGGCAGACCCUGGCUUCAUACCCUAGGGGCCGUCUCCUUUACUCUUUACCAGAAGAUGAAGUACCCAUUCGGAGACUAG